GAGCUGGACAAAACCAUGGAUGGGGACGCAGAGGGCGUCUGGAGCCCAGACAUCGAACAGAGCUUUCAGGAAGCGCUGGCAAUCUAUCCGCCCUGUGGACGCCGCAAAAUCAUCCUCUCCGAUGAGGGCAAGAUGUAUGGUCGGAACGAACUGAUUGCCAGAUACAUCAAGCUGAGAACAGGCAAAACCCGAACAAGAAAACAGGUCUCUAGCCAUUUGCAGGUUCUUGCCCGGAGAAAAUCUCGCGAGAUACAGUCAAAGCUGAAGGAUCAGGCAUCCAAAGACAAGGCCCUCCAAAGCAUGGCCGCAUUAUCCUCUGCCCAGAUCGUGUCUCCAGGUCUCAUCAAAGCCCAGCUGCCCCCACUGCCCCAGCCGCCCUACCCUCCCCCUGCCCGGUUUUGGCCAACUCCUAUCCCGGGGCAGCCUGGACCAUCUCAGGACAUUAAACCUUUUGCACAGCCUGCCUACACAAACCUGCCAGGACCUGUUCCACCUCCAAUAUCCUCGUACGAGCCCCUGGCACCCCCCCUCCCUCCGUCCGCCACGGCCGUGCCCGUGUGGCAGGAUCGUACCAUCGCUUCGUCCAAACUGCGCAUGCUCGAGUAUUCUGCGUUUAUGGAGGUGCCGCAGGACUCAGACAGUUAUAGCAAACACCUGUUUGUCCACAUCGGUCAGACUAACCCAUCUUACAGCGACCCUCUGCUGGAGGCCGUGGAUAUCAGACAGAUUUAUGACAAGUUCCCUGAGAAGAAGGGAGGCCUGAAGGAACUGUACGAGAAAGGCCCUCAGAACGCAUUCUUCCUGGUCAAGUUCUGGGCGGACUUGAACAGCAGCGGCAUGCAGGACGGCCCAGGCUCCUUCUAUGGUGUCAGCAGUCAGUACAGUAGCUCUGAGAACAUGACCAUCACUGUGUCCACCAAGGUCUGCUCGUUUGGCAAACAGGUGGUGGAGAAGGUGGAGACGGAGUAUGCACGGAUGGAAGGAGGGAAGUACGUAUACAGGAUUCAUCGCUCGCCCAUGUGUGAAUACAUGAUCAACUUUAUUCACAAGCUCAAACAUCUUCCGGAAAAAUACAUGAUGAACAGCGUGUUAGAAAACUUCACAAUUUUACAGGUUGUGACGAACAGGGAAACCCAGGAAACCUUACUAUGCAUAGCAUUUGUUUUUGAGGUAUCAACAAGUGAACAUGGGGCACAGUACCACGUCUACCGGCUCAUUAAGGACUAG